AUGCGGCUGAGGGACAUGCUUUCAAGGAGAAAGCAGCAAGAGACACCACUUCAGAAGUUGACCCAGCUUUAUAACGAAAUCGAAAAUGACUAUCUCAACAAUCUCAGCAUGCAGCAAAAUGGAAGAAUGAGGGAAGCCCUGGUAGGCUGGCAAAUGUUGCACGAUAAACUUGCCGAUAAGUUUGGCAAGGUCCGCAGCCAGUAUGCGGAUACUACACUAGCAAAAGGAGAGUCAUUUCUCAUGGAUGAGAUUACCGUUAUGGAAAAAAAGACAGAUGAUUGGCUGGUUUGGAUGGGCAAUAACUAUGUGCCGGCAGUAAGGAAGAGUACCAGCUCGUCCAGCUCUGCAAAUCCGUUUGAUGAUAGUUUUUCUGCCACUCGUGAGAACAGUAUGCAUUCGAGAACUUCAUUUGGGGGAAGAGCCAGAAAAAAGCCUCCUCCUGGAUAUGUGGUAGAGAAUGGAGAUGAGAGUCCCUCAAAGUAUUCAUCAAAGUAUUCAUCAAAGUAUUCAUCAACAAAUCCAUCUGAAGGCACAGACAACCCAUCCAAAUAUUCAUCUAUGCAAUCUUCCAUACAUUGUACACAUACAGAGUAUUCACCUAAAUAUACAGAGCGUCCACAAAUGCCCCCGGUGCAUUCUUCAACACCCUCUUUGCACGCAGCACCCCCUUACACACGAAACAGAUCUAGUCCAGUUGUCCUGACGCUAAGACAAAAACAAAAAUCGCGGCCCCCGACAGCCACAAAAACACGGAUGCUGAAAUCUUUACGGGGGGUCCAGCCGACGCAGGCGGACGCGUCGAGCCCCGCGAAGUACGCGGCAAACCUCAUAUGGUCGCCGACGCCGAGCCUGGGGAGCACGGGCCGGUCUCGGUCGCCCGAGAGGCCACAGCUGGGCACCGGGGACCCGUUCGAGGGCUUCGACUCGUCUUUUGUGCCGGAGAAAGCUGAGGGCUCCGGAAAUGCGGCCGAGGAGGAUGUGGUUGCCGGGCAAAUGAGAGCCCUCGAUGUGCGGCGGAAAAAAAGGGAGCAGUCCGACCGCGUCAAGAGUGCCUUGGAGAAGUCUGCGGCGGUCCGGUUGAACGUGCCUGCGCCCCGGCCAGUGUACCGGCGGCACUCGGCCCAGAAGAGGAUUGUGGGGGGUACAAAAAGUGGGGUUAGCCAAAAGGGCUGUCAAAAAGGCUGUCAAAAAAGUGGCCAAAAGAUUCGCGAGGGCACCCCAAAGACCCAGGAGGGCACAAAAUCACCAAAAACACACAAAGGCCCAAAAAUUUCAAAUGAGGCACGAAAGGACGUGAAAACUGACAAGGAACUCGUUCUGAGCGGGCAGGAUAACCCAACAAAGGACACAGAGAACUUAAAAGAGUUGGAAGAAUCCACAAAUGACGAAAAAACACCAGAUAACGACCGGAUGGUGGCCAGAAACGGCACGGUGAUGAGCAAGAAGAAAAUCGUCGCGUCGCUACGGGGCGUCGACGAGGCGGCCGCACGGCAGAUCUUGGACGAAAUCGUGGUAAACGGCGACGAGGUGCACUGGGAGGACAUCGCGGGAUUGGAGGAGGCGAAGAAAUCGUUGAAGGAGGCGGUGGUGUACCCGUUUCUCCGGCCGGAUCUCUUCAGCGGGUUGCGGGAACCCGCGCGGGGCAUGCUCUUGUUUGGUCCGCCCGGGACGGGAAAAACCAUGCUGGCCAGAGCAGUCGCGACCGAGUCGCAAUCGACCUUUUUUUCCAUCUCCGCCUCCUCCUUGACGUCCAAGUACCUGGGGGAGUCGGAAAAAUUGGUGAGGGCACUUUUCCAGCUCGCACGCAAGAUGGCGCCAUCGAUAAUUUUCGUGGAUGAGAUCGACUCCUUGUUGGGCACCCGGGACCGCGACGGCGAGAACGAGGCGUCCCGCCGGAUCAAGAACGAGUUCCUGGUGCAGUGGUCGAACCUCACCAAGGCCGCCGCCGGCAAGGACACCGGGGAGGACGUGCAGCGCGUCUUGGUGCUCGCCGCCACGAAUCUCCCCUGGGGGAUCGACGACGCCGCGCGCCGCCGGUUCGUCCGGAGGCAAUACAUCCCUCUCCCCCAGAGAAGUACCAGGAGGGCACAAUUCGAGACUUUGCUCAUGCACCAAAAACACACUUUGAGCGAGGUGGAUUUUGAUGCCCUCUUGGACUUGACUCGUGGCUUUUCGGGGUCCGACAUUACUGCCCUCGCGAAGGAUGCUGCCAUGGGCCCCCUCAGGGAGUUGGGCGACCGCCUAUUGAUGACCAACAAGAGUGAAAUUCGCCCGCUGAAACUCAAGGACUUCGUCUGCUCCUUGCGGUACAUCAAGCCGAGUGUCUCGCAGAAAAGUUUGGCCCGUUUUGAGGAGUGGGCCAAGGUCUACGGCUCGUCCGGGGCAUAG